AUCUAUGUGACCACUACUCUCGAGGUUCACAAGAAAUACAACGCUUUAGUUGUGGACGCGUUCAACAAUGACGCCGGCUUUGUGGCCGCACUCGACAAGGCGUGCGGAAAGUUUAUAAAUAAUAACUCAAUCACUCGUUUGGCCAACUCUUCGAGCAAAUCGCCAGAACUUCUCGCAAAAUACUGUGAUUUACUUCUGAAGAAAACUUCCAAAAUUCCAGAGGAAACUGAAUUGGAAGAGACCCUCAAUCAAGUGAUGAUUGCUUUCAAAUACAUUGAAGAUAAAGAUGUGUUUCAGAAGUUUUAUAGUAAAAUGUUAGCCAAACGUUUAGUUCAACACAUGUCUGCCAGUGAUGACGCCGAGGCAUCCAUGAUCUCAAAGCUUAAGCAAGCGUGUGGUUUUGAAUACACGUCUAAAUUGCAGCGAAUGUUUCAGGACAUCGGCGUUAGUAAAGAUCUCAACGAACAGUUUAAGACUCAUCUCAUCAACUCUAACGAACCCCUCGACUUGGACUUUAGUAUUCAAGUGUUGAGCUCUGGUUCGUGGCCUUUCCAACAGUCCUUUACUUUCGCGUUACCACAAGAGUUGGAGCGAAGUGUCCAACGCUUCACCACGUUCUACAGCGGACAACACAGCGGCCGAAAACUACAUUGGCUUUACUCCAUGUCUAAGGGAGAGAUCACAACCAAUUGCUUCAAAAACAAAUACACACUUCAAGCGUCCACAUUUCAAAUGGCAGUUUUGCUUCAGUAUAACAAUUCGGAUCAAUUCACUGUUCAGCAACUGUUUGAAAGCACGCAAAUCAAGAUGGAUAUGUUGGUUCAGGUGAUCCAAAUCCUUCUGAAGGUCAAACUCCUGGUCUGCGAAGACAACGACGUGGCCGACGACGACGCCGACAAUCUGUCCCCACAGACAGUCAUUUCGCUGUUUGUCGGCUACAAAAACAAGAAACUGAGAGUUAAUAUAAACGUUCCGAUGAAAGCAGAGCUGAAGUUAGAACAGGAAAAGACUCACAAACACAUCGAAGAGGACAGAAAGCUUGUCAUUCAAGCAGCGAUCGUUCGGAUUAUGAAAAUGCGAAAGAAGUUAAAACACCAGCAGUUGUUGGUCGAGGUCUUCAAUCAGCUCUCCUCGAGGUUUAAGCCCAGCGUUCCUGUCAUUAAGAAAUGCAUUGAUAUUCUGAUCGAAAAGGAAUACCUGGAAAGGGCUGACGGCGCUAAAGACACGUAUAACUAUUUGGCGUAAUAUUUAUUAAAAUUAGAGAAAAUGUCAUUUUUUAAAUUCAACCAAAUGUUCAAAAUAUUAUAAUUAACAAAAAAAAACACUCGUAUUAUUGUAGAUAUAAAAAUGCUUUUGAAGUUUUUAACCACAAAUAUGUGAAUUGUGUUCAUAUUUGAACCUAUUUUCCGAAUUUGUCAUCAAUUGAAUCAAUGUUUUCAGUGCUUUUGCCGGCAAUAGUUCUACGAAAUAAUAGGACUUCAUUUGAGUUUCACUUAAAAUUUUUAUUAAAAAUAACUAAUUUUCUAUUAAAUUAACAACUUUUUUAAAUAUUAACUAAUAAUCGGAUCGUUUGGCAGCUCUGAUAAUAUCCCUUAUAUUUUAACACAAUAUUCGCAAUUAUUUCUCAAAUAUAUA